UCAUUGCAACAGUGGAAGGUUGUGAAAGACCAGAUAAACUGCACUCUGGGAAUGGGAUCACAAAUCGGAAGCAAGAAGAACUUUGCCUUCUUUCGGGUCUUCCCACUCCGAAGACAUCUUUUUAUCAAAAGGGAAUAAAUAUUUUCUCUGAGCAGAAGAAGGAACAGGUGUAAGAAAAUCACAAAUGGGAUAAAGUAGUGAAUUGUGUCUUUUUUUCUUUUUCCAAAAUAGGCACGUAGUCUGUAGGUUAUUACUUAAUUAAAACUUUUUUUAGUUUUUUAAGUUGGAGGUUUAAAAAUAGAGCCAUUGACUUUUAGAAACAUUUAUGACACUGAGGUGUGGAGAUUCUGUAGUCUACACAUGCUCUAUCCUAGAAUAAAGCAGCGGAAGUCUUUUGUUAGAAAGGCUGUGAUUUCUAAAGGUGCGUCUCUGGGGCCCCGUGGUGUAUGGCGCUAAAAGGUGUCGGAGCAGGCAGAGAAGUUUACUGGUUUCCAUCUGAGUUACAAUGGCAAAGUGGUUUAAGGAGUUCCCCAUCAAUCUGAAGAAUGGUACUGACAGGAUCCGCUCAGCCUCCGAAUCAGGCUCACAACCAAGAGCCAAUAGAGCCGGGCUGAUGGCCAGCAUUGGUACCAAAACAGCAGGCUCCAAAACGAGCAUUCGCAAAAACUCCUCCGGUGACAGCACUGGCGGAGGAGGUGGAGGAGUUGGGUCUCUGUUGUCCGGUAGAAACAGAAAAAACUCAGCCAUAGAGUUGAGUAAAAACGCUGCAAGCACCGCAAAAGAUGGAAACGUUUGGGACAACCUCCUGUCUGGGAAAAGUCGCAAAAACUCCAAAGUGGAGCCUGUGUUCGAGGAGCAGCACAGACCGCUGAAAAGCUCUCCAUCUGCCAACUCUUACAUCAACAGGCUGAUCAGAGUGGACAAACAGGACAAAAGCCCCAACUUCAACAACGGCACCAUCACCAAUCAAGCGGCACCUGAAGCAGAGAAACCAGUUCAGUGCAAGACAGAACCAGUGAUCAUCCUUGAGGAUUACGCAGAUCCCUUUGAUGCUCAGAAGACCAGAGAGACAAGGGAACCAGAGAGAGUCGGGGAGAACGAUGGUUACAUGGAGCCUUACGAUGCCCAGCAGAUGAUUACAGAGAUCAGACGCCGGGGGUCCAAGGACCUGCUGAAGGUGUGUGUGCUGAUGGAGGCGAGCGAGGGAAUGGUGGAGGAGGGUCAGCCUGUGCCUUUACAGAUAUAUGACGUCCCCUACGAGGGAAACGGUGACGGGGAUAAGACGGCGGUCACACGGCCCGAGCUGGAUCCACGACCCUCCACUGAGUACGAGCUGCCCUGGGAGUGGAAGAAGGAGCAUAUCGUGAAAACUCUGUCAGCACAGUUCGACAGCUCUGAACGCCAAACCAAAGAUGAGACUCCUCACCCCACGCUCACCAGGCAGCCGCAGCAUCCACCGGCCCAGCCUCCGCUGCAGCAGCAGCAGCAGCAUCAGCAGCAGCAUCAGCAUCUGAGGCAGAAAAGCUGGACCCAGAAGAUCCUGCGAUCCUCUCCUCCGACCCUGUCGCCCCCCUCCAACCUCAGCAGCAACGCUGAAACUGAGGCCUGCUGUGUUGACCCCUCCCUGCCCCUUGAGAAACAGAGCUGGUACCAUGGCUGUGUGACUCGUCAGGAGGCGGAGUUUCAGCUGCAGUCCUGCAAAGAGGCCAGUUUCCUGGUCAGGAACAGUGAAUCGGACAACAGCAAGUACUCCAUCGCCCUCAAGACGAGCCAAGGCUGCGUUCAUAUCAUUGUUGCUCAGACCAAAGAGAACGGCUACACCCUGGACCAGAGCAGCUGCGUGUUCCCCAGCAUCCCAGAGGUGGUGCACCACUACUGCACUCAGCGUCUGCCUUUCAACGGCGCCGAGCACAUGACACUGCUGCACCCUGUGCCUCGCAUCCCCUGACACCACCCUGCUUAGGUAUACAAAACAAACCCACCUCUGGGCCUGCUUGGAUAAAAAAUGUUUCCAAAAAGUAAGUCAAGACCUCACCCCUCUGAUCAAUGUGUACUUCCACAUAAGUCUCACUUUAUAACUGUAUGACCUUUUUACUUUGUGUCAUUUUAUUUUUUAUUUGAUGAUCAGAAAACAUUUGCAGCUCUCUCUGGGGGACUUUUUCUGUCUUUAUUUUACUUUGAUGUGCAGCUGAUGCAAAACUUCUAGGCUGCUGUUUUGCAUGUGAACAAGGGACCACGAGGCACUUUUAAUGAUGAAAUGUGACUUGGAGUUAGAUUGGGAACAAGACUCAUACACAGAUGUGAUGUUUUAUUUAUCCAGUGUGUCUCUAUUAGAAGCCACAUGUGACAUUUAUUUGUAAUUGUUUUUAAGUGGAAUUACGAUGUAGCAGAAAGGACUUUUGACGAGGAGUGAAACUUAUUAGUGUGUGGCUCUCUUGCCCCCUCUGGUGGAUGUGCUGGUACACUGCACCAACAUGCCAACACAAAGAAUUCUCUUCAUUCCUUAAAAUUGAUAUUUGGUAAAAUCCAAACACAGAGCGUAUCAUAACACUUAAGAUAUGCACAAAGACCAGCUGUUUUAUUAUUUGUGCUCGCAGCAUAUUUCUAAUUUAUGCUCGUAUACUUGUUAGUUGUCUGUAACCACUGCCCCUUCCUCCGUUUUACUGUGAAUGACGGAGUUGUUUCCACUGUAUUAUCUGCACUGUGAAGAGUGAGUGAUUCACCCUGAUGCAAUGUGCUUGGCUUUACAAUAGUUAGUGAUUUUCAUGGCGAGAACUGAGACUACAUUUCAUGCUUAAUUUUCAGCGAAAGAAGCCUGUUCAUUCUGGGGAAUAUCUGUAAAAUAAACCUGCAGGUUAUUGUGAUUUAUGGUAAGAAAACAUCAAUCUCUUUUGUCAGACUUAUUUAGGUCUACAAAUGAGGAUCAGUUAUAGAUACAAGUGCAAGAAAUUACACAUGUUGCAAUAAAGUUAACAAGAAAAAACUGCAAUUAUCUCUAUUUAAUAUGGUUCAUUGAGACCUCUGUUGCUAAAAAGUAAUGCUGUUCUCCCUCGAGUCUAAUGCUCCCCUGGUGCUACGAGGCAGUAAACCAAUGAAAUGUUAUAUUAUAUUCAAGCAUUAUUUUUGCUCUGUGUAUUCUAAAUGUAACUCAAACAUUUGACUUGGUGUGUGUACUUUUAAUUUAGAGAUAUGUUGGAAAUCAUUUGGACAACUUGGACCUGCAAGGAUGACAAUAAAAUACGGUAUAACCAAG